UAACGAGUAUCAUGUAUCCAGUAGGACCACAGAAAGAGCGACACACACCGUUCGCUUCUGGGAGCCGCUCGUAGCAAGCGCUAGUAAGGUCGGCGUGUCCUCGGUUAAAAACCGAUAACUAUUUUGUUCAAAAUGAUGUCAAUCGCUGCUCGUCGCAGCGCUAUCGGGACUUGCCUGCAAUUCACAAAACCCACGGUUAAUGCUUCGGUGUUUUCUCGACUUGUCAAGGAUUUCGUCCCCGCGGCUAGUGCUAAUGGCGCUACUGGAAUCCGCCUCGCCCACACGGACAUCAAGGUUCCUGACUUCUCAGACUACCGACGUCCCGAAGUACAGGACCCCAAUAAGUCCUCUCAGGACAGUAGCGAAGCAAGAAAGGUGUUCUCCUACCUAGUCACCGGGGCAACUACUGUGGUGACCGUCUAUGCUGCCAAAACGGUUGUCAGCCAGUUUGUGUCAUCUAUGAGUGCUUCUGCUGAUGUCUUGGCUUUGUCCAAAAUCGAAGUCAAGUUGGCUGAUAUUCCCGAGGGCAGGAAUAUGACCUUCAAGUGGAGAGGAAAACCCCUGUUUGUACGCCACCGCACGGAGAAGGAGAUUGCUACAGAGGAGGGUGUGAACCUGGGAGAGCUGCGUGACCCCCAGCACGACAAGGAUCGGGUGCAAAACCCCAAAUGGGUCAUUGUCCUUGGUGUGUGCACCCAUCUGGGGUGUGUGCCCAUUGCCAACGCAGGAGACUAUGGAGGCUACUACUGUCCUUGCCACGGCUCCCACUACGAUGCAUCUGGAAGAAUUAGGAAGGGCCCUGCCCCUCUUAAUCUGGAGGUGCCAUUUUAUGAAUUUGUUGACGAAGACACGGUUGUUGUGGGUUAGGUUAGACCCCUAACUGCUUCAUUCCUUAUGUGUGUAUAUAAAUGGGUCUGUCUUGGAAACUGAGGUGGGAUAAACAGCCAAUAUACCUUAAUAAAAGUAUAUUUAUGCUACCGCAAGGUUUAGUCGGUCUUAUUUUUUUUUACUCAUGGUGUCAAAGAACUGCAAAUAUGUAGUUUGACUCAAAUACUCCUUGUUUGCAUAAAGCAUAUUUUUAUGGCCAUUUAAAUGUGUAAAUAUUAGGGGUGACCUCAUUGCUUAACGUAAAUGUUGGGGAAAUCAUCCAUUAACAAGUCUUGUUAGUGGCUAGGACAGAAAGUGUAUGCUCAUGAAACUAGAUAUUAUAGUGCGAAUAAUUUAAGGUAUAACAGUGAAGUACUGAGUACUAUGUAUUACCUCUAGUACUCAGUAAACUACAGGUAAUACAAUAUAGUACUCUGCCGGAUUGGACCCAGAGAAUGCAGGGAAUUACGGGCAUUGCAAUUGGAACCAAUAUACAUACAUUGACAACCUACCAAUAUGUUUGACACAUUGGCAGGUUACGAUGAGAAAUAUUUAAUAUUUUGUUUGAUACCACAGGAAAUUCCCAUUUUUAUUUUUUUAUUGUGUAUAAAGAAUACAUAAUUCAAAAAUUUGGUUUAUUAACCUGAAGGCCAAAGAUGUGACCCUACCACCAGCAUAAACAAAUCGCAAUAUAGCUGCCUUGCGGAUAUCUCUUAGGAAUCAAUUUGAUCCAUCCAGUUAACUUUGACACUUUCCACAGCAUAACUUAAGAGUGCAUCUGUCAAACCUCAAACAAUUAAAAAGAACCAAACACACCACAACCUUU